UAAGAGGACGAUGGCCGCUUCGUCCUCCUCCUCGCGCCGCAGGUUUCUUCGACGUCGGAGGGAGGGCCGCAAUGGCAGCUCUGGCAUUGCCUAGCUUCAAGUUCACAUUUUGUUCGAGAAUACCUUCGACUUCCCAAGAAAAUUUCACAUUUGCACGCUCCUUUUUCUCCUCUUACCUGACUUCUCCUCCAUUGCGCUCUUCGCCUGUGGACAGACCCUCUGCUAUUUCUUUAAGAAGGCACAGAUCCCUGCCUCGAGCAUCAUCCGAAGGUAUUCCAGCUGAAUUGGUUGAAGAUUCUAAAUUUGUUCCCUUAAAUGCUGAUGACCCCAUAUAUGGUCCCCCGGCUUUGCUGCUGGUGGGAUUUGAAGUAGACGAAAAGGAAAAGAUUCAAAUGUUUCUAAAAGAGCUUGAUGGAGACUUUUUAAAGGUUAUUUAUUGCACAGAGGAUAUGAUUGAGAAGACGGUAUCGGAUGCAAUGCACACUGAGCAAGUCCACUUAGAUGAUGUGAAGGUGAUCCACCAUGAUUCUUCAUAUCCAGUUCUCAUAUCUAAAUGCAUCUUGCGAGCAAGUAGACAAUGUUCUGUUAGUAUGCAAAUGUUUAGACCUAAAAGAUGGAGCUAUUUUGUUAUAAACUUAAGAAUAUUUUACCCUCGACUUUCAUAAUUCUUGCUGAGGUAGUCCUACAUUACCUAAACCUAAUCAAAAAUUACCCUUGGGCAUUAGCAUAUUCCAUUGCAAGCACUC